UAUGUCCCAGCAGGCGCGCAUGUGGGUGCGCGCCCAGGUGCAUGUGUAGGUACGUGUGAGCCCUGGUGCGCGCGCGUCUGUGUAAGGGCGAGGGUGCCCGCGCACAGCCGCGUGGGGCGGCGUGUCCCGGUGUCCGCUCCGUGCAGUCCGCCGGCAGCGCUGCCCGCCGGUGGGCGGGGGGACCCCCCGCCUUGCAGUCGGCGCUAACCGCCCCCACCCCGUUCUGCUGCCGCUCCCCCUCCGCAGGCUCCGGGCCCCCUCCUUGGCACCGCCAUGGAGGCCUUGCUGAGAAGAUGGAGGCUCCCGGCGCUGAGCGCCCGGCAGCGGGGCUGCAGGCCCCGGCACGGCGCCCCGGGCAGGGCCAAGCGGCUGCUGCUCUCGCAGCUUUUCCAGCCCCUCAACCUGCAGGUGGGCGGCGAGGCGGGGUGGGACGGCAGGGCCGGGGAGCCCACCUGCCGGAGCCAGAAGCUGAUGCUGCAAGGGGGGCUCAUCCACCCCUCCAGCCCCGGCUGCUACUACUACAUGCCGCCCACCGUCCGCGCCAUGGAGAAGCUCAUCAAGGUGAUGGACGAGGAGAUGCAGGCCGUGGCGGGGCAGAAGCUGAACAUGCCCAGCCUGAGCUCGGCGGAGCUGUGGCGCGCCAGCGGCCGCUGGGACCGGAUGGGGCCGGAGCUCUUCCGGCUGGUGGACCGGCACGGCAAAGGCUACUGCCUGGGCCCCACGCACGAGGAGGCGGUGACAGAGCUGGUGGCCGCUCAGAGCAACCUCUCCUACAAGCAGCUCCCGCUGCGCCUCUACCAGGUAACCAGGAAGUUUCGGGACGAACCCAAGCCCCGCUUCGGCUUGCUGCGCAGCCGGGAGUUUUACAUGAAGGACAUGUACACCUUUGACGCCUCCGAAGAGGCGGCUCGGCAGACCUACGACCUGGUGUGCGACGCCUACCGCAGCCUCUUCGACCGCCUGGGCCUUCCCUUCGUCAAAGUGCAGGCGGCCACGGGCAGCAUCGGCGGCACCGUGUCCCACGAGUUCCAGCUCCCGGCAGACGUCGGCGAGGACAGGCUGGUGCUGUGCCCUGCCGGCCAUUUUGCGGCUAACGUGGAAACGCUGAACGGGGAACAAACGUCUUGCCCCGUGUGCAGGGAAAAACUCACCCAGACCAGAGGGAUCGAAGUGGGGCACACGUUUUAUCUGGGCACCAAGUACUCCUCCGUCUCCAACGCUGUCUUCUACUCCUCCGAGAACAAACCCCAGCUGGCAGAAAUGGGUUGCUACGGCCUGGGCGUCACUCGCAUCCUGGCGGCCUCCAUCGAGGUGCUCUCUACGGAGGACAGCAUCCGUUGGCCGAGCCUCAUCGCGCCCUACCAGCUCUGCUUCAUUCCCCAGAGGGGCAGCAAGGAGGAGGCGGAGGGAGCCGUGCCGAUGGAGCGGCUGUACGACGACCUCGCCGAAGCGCUGCCCCACCUCGCCGGCGACUCGGUGCUGGAUGACAGGACGCAGCUGACCAUCGGCAAAAGGCUAAAGGACGCCAACAAGCUGGGUUAUCCCUACGUGGUCAUAGCCGGGAAGAGGGUUUGCGAAGACCCCCCCGUCUUUGAGGUUUGGAAUCAGAACGCUGGCGAGGUUUCGUUCCUCACGAAGGAAGGUGUCAUUGAGUUGCUGAGUAAAGUGCAAGUCCCUUAAAAUCCCCGUCUCUGAAUCUCUCGUCUUUGCUGCACUGAGUUUAU